AUGUUUUGUUUACAGGCCGAGGUUAUGGAUGAAACCAAUCUUAAAAAACUAUUAUUAUCAUUUGAGAAGAAAUGUUAUAAAAAUCAAGAAAUGAGAAUCAAGUUUCCUGACCUCCCUGAAAAAUUUUUAGAGUCUGAAGUAGAAUUAAAUGAUGUUAUACAAGAAAUGCAUGUGAUUGGAACUGUGCCAGAAUAUUAUCAAGUUUUAGUAGACUUAAAUACUGUGCAAUCAUUAUUGCAAUUAUUAUCUCAUGAUAAUACAGAUAUAUCAAUAGCUGUAGUAGAUUUAUUACAAGAAUUAACAGAUGUUGAUACUUUAAAUGAAAAUGAUGAUGGUGGAACAGCUUUAAUAGACGCACUGCUUGAAGGUCAAAUUGUAGCUGUUUUGGUACAGAAUUUAGAAAGAUUGGAUGAAACAGUUAAAGAAGAAGCUGAAGGUGUCCACAAUUCUCUUGCUAUUAUAGAGAACAUAACAGAAUUUCGACCUGAUAUAUGUUCUGAAGCAGCACAGCAAGGUUUAUUACCAUGGUUAUUGAAGAGAAUAAAGUCUAAAAUACCAUUUGAUGAUAAUAAGGUAUAUGCUAGUGAAAUAUUAGCUAUAUUGUUACAGAAUACUGAUGAAAAUCGAAUUUUGUUGGGUGAAGUUGAUGGCAUAGAUGUAUUAUUGUCACAAUUAGCUGCAUAUAAACGACAUGAUCCUAGUUCUAAAGAAGAAAUAGAAUACAUGGAGAAUUUAUUUGAUUCAAUGUGUUCAUGUUUAAUGGUUCCCCAAAAUAGAAAUAGAUUCUUAAAAGGGGAAGGCUUGCAGUUGAUGAAUUUGAUGUUACGAGAAAAGAGGAUGUCUAGGAACAGUGCUCUAAAAGUUUUAAAUCAUUCCAUGACAGGAAGUGAAGGUAGUGAUAAUUGUCAGAAAUUUAUUGAUAUACUGGGACUACGAACUAUAUUCCCAUUAUUUAUGAAAUCUCCCAAACCAGUUAAAGAAGGUCAAACCAAAGAUGAAAUGGAAGAACAUGUUACCUCUAUAGUUGGUUCAUUAUUAAAAAAUUGUCAAGGUACUCAAAGACAAAGACUUUUAAAUAAAUUUACUGAAAAUGAUCAUGAAAAGGUUGAACGAUUAGUAGAAUUGCAUUUAAAAUAUCUAGAUAGAGUUCGAACGUGCGAUAAUGAAAUAGAACAAGAAAAAGUUAGAUAUAAAAAACAAGGCAAAUCUAUUGAUUCUGAUUUAGAUGAUGAAUUCUAUUUAAAAAGAUUAGAUUCUGGUCUAUUUACUUUACAAUUAGUAGACUAUAUUAUGUUAGAAGUUUGUUCAUCAGGGGAACCAUCAAUAAAACAAAGAGUUAUGCAGAUAUUAAAUAUGAGAGGUGGUUCAGUGAAAGCUAUUAGAUAUAUAAUGAGAGAAUAUGCUGGAAAUAUUGGUGAUGCUAAAGAUGAUAGCACACAAGAAGCUGAACAAGAUAGAAUUUUAAAACUGGUAGAUCAAUUUUAA